CUCGUUUGGCCCCCUCUCUCUCCUCCGCCGCUCCGCCCGCCUUUCUCGCCCACCGCACACGCGUCGAGCAAAACCCUCGCCGAUCGCCCCCUCGCCCCCGACCGGCCGGAGGAAUCCGGCCGCCGAAUCACCUCGCCGGCGCCCUUGCCGCGCCGACAAGGAUCGCCUCGGCUCCGUCCAAUCCAGCCAUGAUUCGGGCCCGAGCUCUGAGAUCCCUUGCUACAGGGUUUGCUUUUUGUGGUAUUGGCUUGGAGGAAGUUAUGUGGCUGCGACAGACAUGUGGUGUUGGAGUGAACUCAGUUUGUGGCAUAUGACUCUGGGUAUUGCAUGGCUGCAGAUUCUUCGAAGAACGAUCCCUUUGAGAGGAAUGUCGAACAGGCAAUAACAACCCUGAAGAAAGGAACACACUUGUUGAAAUAUGGGCGGCGGGGAAAACCAAAAUUCUGCCCAUUCAGACUUUCCAAUGAUGAGGCUAUGCUCAUCUGGCACUCCGGGCGAAUGGAGAAGAAGCUAAACCUUAUUCAAGUAUCGAAAAUAAUUCCUGGACAGCGUACGGCUAUCUUCCUGAGACAUCCAAGACCUGAUAAAGAGCAUCAAUCAUUCUCCCUUAUAUAUGGGCAGAGAUCACUGGAUCUGAUCUGCAAAGAUAAGGACGAAGCAGAAGCCUGGUUCAUUGCUUUAAAGGCAAUUAUUUCACGACAAAACUGUAAGAAGUUGACAACAGAAACAAAAAAUGAUAAACCAUCUUAUUGCCCAAUUAACCAGAUGCAUGGAGAUUUACCAUUGGCAUCUUCUUGUUAUGGUACUGAUGUUGGAAAAAAGGUAUCGAAAGGCGUCCAACAGUGCACCACAAAUCAUGAUGCUCGUCCAUUUGCCAAUUUUGGGAAUAUUUUUUCUGACAUGAUAUUAUACACCGGGCAGGAGAGGAGUAGAGUUAGUACAGGUUCAGUUGGUUCUUCUAACUCCAGUAUAUCUGGAAGUGCAGAUACCUCAGAUGGGGGAGUAGCUGGAGUAGAUAAUAACGUUAGAGUUAGCUACUCAAGUGCAGUAAGUUCAUGCAGCUAUGGGUCAGGUGAUGAUUUUGAUGCAAUGGGGGAUGUUCUCCUUUGGGGCAAGGGAGUAGGUGAUGGCACGCUUGCUUAUUCUUCACAUUUAUCUGGAAACUUGUAUGGACCUAGAAUUGAUGCAUCUUUACCAAAGGCACUGGAAUCAACAGUUUUGCUGGAUAUUCACAAUAUAGCUUGUGGGAGUAAGCAUUCGGUUUUGGUUACUAAACAAGGAGAAAUGUAUAGUUGGGGUAAAGAGUCAGGUGGUAGGCUCGGGCAUGGAGUUGAUACCAAUCUUACCCACCCUAAGCUUAUUAGUACCUUGAGUGGAAUUAAUAUUGAAUCCGUUGCAUGCGGGGAAUUUCAUACUUGUGCUGUUUCUUUUUGUGGGGAUCUCUACACCUGGGGUGAUGGAAUGCACAAUUUUGGUCUUCUUGGUCAUGGGAAUGAUACUGCUCAUUGGAUUCCAAAAAAGGUCUGUGGUCCAUUGGAAGGAUUGCAUGUCUCAUCGGUAUCAUGUGGACCUUGGCAUACAGCCGUAGUGACUUCAACGGGCCAGUUGUUCACUUUUGGCGAUGGAGUAUUUGGUGCAUUGGGCCAUGGAGAUCGCCAAAGCACAAAUGUUGCAAGGGAAGUGAGCUCUCUAAGAGGCUUGCGUACUGUACAUGCAGCUUGUGGUGCUUGGCAUACAGUUGUGAUAGUUGAGGUUGUAGAUUCUCUAAAUUCUGCCACAUCUUGUAAACUAUUCACAUGGGGAGAUGGCAAUAAAGGUCAGCUUGGACAUGCUGACAGGGAAACCAGACUCACCCCAGCCUGUGUGGAAUCACUUCGUAAGCUUAGUUUUUGCCAAGUAGCUUGUGGCUAUGACUUUACGGCCGCCUUGUCAACUUCUGGGCAAGUGUACACAAUGGGCAGUAAUGCUUUUGGACAACUUGGAAAUCCGACGAUUGAUGGGAAGCUCCCCACUGUUGUUAAAGGGAGCAUCUCCAGCAGUUGUGUUGAAGAGAUAGCCUGUGGUUCUCAUCAUGUUGCUCUGCUGACUUCUAAAGCUGGAGUUUAUACUUGGGGCAAGGGUGCGAAUGGUCGCUUAGGGCAUGGUAAUAAUUUUGAUCGGAAUACUCCAACUCUUGUUGAGGCUUUGAAAGAUAAGCAAGUGAAGAGUGUGGCAUGUGGUACAGAUUUCACUGCUGUUAUAUGUUUCCAUAGGUGCACAUCUGGUUUGGAUCAGUCACUAUGCUCUGGCUGUCAUUUGCAAUUUAGUUUUAGAAGAAAGAGGCAUAACUGUUAUAACUGUGGCUUAGUAUAUUGCAAAGCAUGCAGCAUGAGAAAAUCAACGAAAGCUUCUUUGGCUCCAAAUUCGAACAAACCAUAUCGGGUAUGUGAUGAGUGCUGCACCAAACUUAAUACGACCGGGGAUGCUAAAAAACUGCAGAACUCAAAGCCUCUUGAUGGAAUCCCACAUCCUUUGUCCAGUGAAGCAACUGAUAGAGAAAACACAGUUAAGAGUUUGCGAGUGCGUCUAUCUAGGCUUUUGACCAUGGAAUCAUUCAAGCCUGAAGGUAAACACUCAAGGAAUAACAGCCGGUUUCCUCUUCAUCACUUGGGAAACUUAAGCCUUGGCAGUAUAGGCCAUUCCAAGGAGUUGACUUCUUUGUGCAUUCCUACCUCGACGACUUCACGCGUGUCCUCUGUACCGAUUUCACCACUUCCUACUAAUAAGUUAACUACAUCUGUCCUAACAUCACCAGACUCUGCCUGUGCAUAUCCGUCAAACAAAAAUAUGACUGAAGAAGUUGCUAGGUUGCAAUCACAGGUGAAAGAGCUGACACGUAAGUCUGAAUUACUUGAAGCAGAACUUGACAGAACUAAUAAUCAGUUAAGAGAGGCCAGGACUACUGCUGCUGAGGAGAACUUGAAGUGCAAAGCAGCAAAAGAAGUUAUCAGUUCCCUUACUACUCAGAUCAGAAGUAUGACCGAAAGAACACCUGAAGAGCGUACUGUCAACGACACCUGGACCAGUCAAGUAUCUAAGUUGUUAGGAAGUCAUUUCUGCGAGAACCAUUUGAACGAUGUUUCAAGGGCACCUGAUUCCAGCGCCCACUUGGCUCAUCAGUCGCCUUGCAAAGAGAACAGCAUUGCAGCAGACGCGGAAUGGACUGAACAGGUUGAACAUGGUGUAUACAUCACUAUAUUUCGCUCACCAGCGGGUCAUAAAUACCUCAGGCGCGUCCGUUUCAGCAAGAGGCAUUUCACGGAACAGCAAGCAGAGCGAUGGUGGGCCGAGCACCGGCCAACUCUACACCAGCAGUAUGGUAUCCUGACUGGAGACAGUAUCAUCCCGUCGUGAACAUCCCAAGCAAAGGGAUAGGAUUUUAUCAUCAGCUAACUGGUGUGUAACGCGCAACUUCUUCUGGCAAAUGUACAUCUUUACUUGUCUGGUCUCUGUUCAUCGAAAAAAUUUAUACAUGCCUGGUGGAUUCUGUGAGCGACCAGUUUUUAGUGGUCCUCCCAACAGAUGCAUUGAGGCAACGUGUAUGCUGUAUAGAGCUAGAGCUUUCCUGCCCGACGAAGUCAGUUUUGUUAAUCGUGGCUUCUCUCUGUACGACAUAAAUAGUUUUAGGUAAUAUUUCCUUUUUUUCUCUUUGGUUUAGUGGCACUCAUGUACGUAGUUGGCUGAAAAUAUCCAUGUGAAAUACUCGAAUGGAUCAGACUUGCUGGACUUGAAAGUAAAUUGCCUGGGUUUCAGGUUGAAAAAUAGUGGGAAA